UCUACUUAAGCCCACGCCCACGAGCGGCUGCACGCAGUUCCGUCUUCUCCAUCGCCUCCUCACCUGCUCUCGCAUCUCAACCCCCGCAUAAAAACAAGCGUUCUCCUUUUUGUGCACAGACUGCACGAACGCUCGAAGCUACCGCGCAAGCCGCGCGCGGACGGGGCCAGGCGAGUACGGAUCAGUGGAGUACUUAACAGCCGCUGGCUGAGCACAGUGGAAGGCCAGCUAGCUCAGUGGCCUUUUGUGCUCUGCUCUUGCUUCACUCUGCUAAGAAGUCAGCUCGCGGAGAGGAGCGAGUGGCAAUGGCGGUGGCCGGCGUCGAGGGCAAGCCGCUGCGGCUGAAGGAUCUCCUGGAGCUGGACUGUGACUCGUGCAGCGCCGCCGGCUUCCGCUGCUACCCGCGCCAUCUCUGCGUCCCAGCAGCGGCGCCGCAGCGAGCGCGCCACAACGCCCUCCACGAGGCGGCCGAGGCGCCUCGCGGCCUCGGGCGAUCGCCCUCCCUGCGGCACCCCUUGCUCUCGAUCAGGACCCUCUCGCGCCGGCUCAGGGACGGCUUCAGCUGGAGGCGCCGGGAGGAGGAGGAGGAGGAGGCGGCGGCACCGGUGCCCGCCGUGAGCAGCGGCAGCAGCAGCUCCGACUCGGAGUCGUCGGAGUCGGGGUCGUCGACCGAGAGGAAAUCCGAGUCCGACUUCUCAGCAAGCUCCACGGAGAGCCUGCACGCCGGCGCCACCUGCACGAGAGAAGAAGAUAAGGAGGCGAUGGACAGGGGAUCCAAGGAGGCGGACGACAAGGAGCAGCUCAGCCCAGUGGCGGUCAUGGACUUCCCGUUCGACGACGACUACGAGGACGACGCCGUGGAAGAGGAGGACGGGAGGGUCGGCGGUACCGGCGCGUGCUCGACCUCUUUCAGCGACAGCCUCGCGCAGCUUCACCAGAGGAGAAAUAUACAGAUGCACUACAAGAUCAGACGACGGUUCGGGAGCGUCGGGGAGGUUGGAGCCGUGGAUCUCGACGAAAGCUUCGCCGCCUCGGACUCCGACGGCCUCGGCACCGUCCCGGUACAGCAGCCAGAGUAUUUCUGCGCAGCAACGGCACCGACAUGUCCCGAGGGUCACCGGAGAGUCGGCGUAUGCGAAGACCCCAACGAGCACAACCUCCUCGGCACCGUCUCGGCGGUCUGCGCCUCCGAGCGGCUCCUACUCGACUUCUUCGCCGAGACGCGAAAGAACGGCACGUCAAAAAACUUUGAAGCCGCGGCAAGAAUGGCCGAGGGAUGGAUCCAAGGCACGGGGGUUCGGUGGGGUCUCAAGGAGGUAUUGUGCGGCCGGGAGCGCCUUGUUGCGGAGAUGGAUCGGAGCCAACGGUGGUCAGCACGCGCCGGCGAGGCGGAAGAGGAGCGUGAGAUCGGCGUGGUAGUGGCGGGCUUGCUCAUCGACGAGCUGGUGGCCGACCUGGUCACGGAUCUGCUUAUGUAGGUUACUAGGUGUCGCAACUACAGUAUGUAAGCAUACUAUGUCGAAUAAAACAAAACACUGUGCAGGUACACGGAAA